CGGGGAUUUCAAUUGCGGAGUGGUAGCUACCAUGGUCUCUUGUGGAAUAUACGUAGGAGGUGCAUAACGGUACAUGAUACUUAUCUGCCAGCCACCGGCACCCUCAGGGAUCUACUGAUGGACACGCUGAUAAGACGGAGAUCUACCCUGCACUGACGCCUCUAGGCUGGGCUUCGGUCAUCUCCACCUCUUUGGGAUCGCCGGCGCAAAACAAGAUUGGACCUCGCUGAGUCAUCUGCGUGAUUACCUUACUGUCAGAUUCCCUAAGGUUUACGAAACCCAAACUCCAGGAUCUUCUAUUUUCAGUCUCGGGGUACUUACUCGAUUUUUCUCAAUGGCCUAGGCGCUCAUUCUCGACCUCGUGGACUGUUCACUUACGGGCUUGCUGCUUCGACCCUCGUUCCAUCUCAGUUCCCCACCUUCCCCAGCCUCUCUCGGAUCUUGCCAUUGCGAUCACCCUCCAUGGAUCCCAUCGAGCCCGUGGAGGGCUCAACGGAGGAGCGGCCACCGUCUGCCGAAGUAUCCUCCUCGCGACCAACGCCGGCGCCGUCACGCCCACGAGCCCCUUCAAACCGUGCGCGCCGGCCUAGUAUCCGUCUGUCGCGCCUUCCUUCUCUCUCGUCAUUGGACACGGUCACCACCCACGAGCAACAGCCGGUGCUUUCAGACAGCCAACCAGGUCCUUCCCUUACUCGCCAGGUUUCCGUUAGAUCACCCGUACAAGAGGAGGAUGAAUCAUGGCAGUCUGGUCGGCGGCGCAGCAAUUCCGAGCCGCGACCAGGACGAUGGUCCUCUGCCCAGCAGCCCGUUCUUGCGCGAGUGGCAACACCCAUGGGAUGUCUGACCGAAGAGUCGUCUCACCAAAGCCCAAUGCCCCUAUCUCCGGAAGAGGAGCUCUCUACGCAGCGAACAGGGGAGGACCAACUCCAACCACCGCCACCAGCACUCGCUCGCCCGGCAUCGCGAAACGUGCUGCGUCGAACAAGUCAAGCCGCUUUGAACCGAUUCUCUCGCAAUCGCGCAUCGACAGUGAGCGGAGGGCCGCCAAAAUUCGAGGCGAGUAAAGCGCAGCCAGUCAACGAGUACGGAUCUCACGUGGUCGACGUGCUGGACGUGAUCGACCCGGAGGUCUCGGCCCUAUCGACCCUUACCAAUGUGCAGAACUCACUGUUCAUCCCCAAUCUGGGCGGUUUCGUCAAUCGCAUGCCCACGUAUCAAUUGUCGAGGACACCCCCGUCCGACGAAGAGCAGGCAACGUCCGCGGACGAGGCAGAGUCCUUGGAGGAGAGGCAAAGGGAAGACCGGCCGGCCUUGGAGCACCUGCGUCCUUUCUCAAGCAUGUCAUCCGUGCUUCAGGGCCCGCGGUAUGUCGUUCUACCCGAAGGCCAUGAGCUAGAGGGAUGGACGAAGGAUGACUUUGCCGAAUUGAAUGAUCACGUGCGGCAUAUGCUACACUCUCGUCGGUCCAAAUUCAAGCGAUCGAUGAGGGGAUUCGGUCAAUACGUACGAAGGCCACUGGGAUUCCUUGUUACCCUUUAUGCAACCCUUAUUACCCUGUUUGGUCUUGCUUGGGUGCUCUUCUUGAUUGGUUGGAUCAAUGUCGGCGGAAGACAGUUAUAUGUCAUUAAUGUCAUUGACAAUGUCCUCGUAGCCCUAUUCGCCAUUAUGGGUGAUGGACUGGCUCCCUUCCGAGCCGUGGACACUUAUCAUAUGAUUUUCAUUGCGCAUUAUACCAUGUUGACUUGGAAGACUCGUGAGAAGCGGAAGCUCCCUGAACUUAAAGACAAGAACGAUCUCCCCACCCAGCACGAAAAGGAUGCGGGGGUUGAUUUUGCCGAUACCCCCAAGGAAGAAGAACCCGAGUACUCUGUACUAGAUGCCCGCCAGCAGGAGCGCCUGUUGCACCACCAGGGCAAGUUUGCCAAGUCACAUACUUUUUACAAGCCGCAUGAGACGGUCACUCAUCACGCUUUCCCUCUACGCAUUCUCAUCGCCAUCGUCGUUCUCCUCGACUGCCACUCUUUGCUCCAGAUCGCACUGGGUGCCUGUACCUGGAGCAUGGAGACUCCGGGGGAGCGACCGUUCGCCCUGACUACGGUCAUCCUGUGCUGCUCCAUCACAUGCAAUAUUUCUGGUGGUGUAUUGAUCAUGAUUGGUGAUCGGCGCACACGCAAGAAGGAUGUUGUGGAGCGCCUGUUCCGUCAAGAGUUGACCGAGGAAGCUAUGAAGAAGAUGGAGAAGCGAAAAAUCAAGGAAGAACGCAAAAGUAUGCAACUCGAGCGCGAAGAGCGUAAGAGUAUGCAAAUCGACCGCGAAGGGCGCAAGAGCACCCAAAUCGACCGCGAAGGGCGCAAGAGCGCGCAACUUGAGCGUGCUAGUAUGAAGGCCGACCGCCCAGUGGUCGAGCCCGAGAGUCCACAACACGAACGCCCUGAUCCGUUUAACAGCACCUAAUACGCCGACAUAUAAACAUACCAUUGUCAGCUCACGACCGCCACGAAUCCUCUUGAAGAUGUUUCUCGAGUUACCAAAGAUUCAUGUCUUCUACCCGAUUGUACAGUCUUCUUGCUGGCCUGCUCUUCUUCCUGCCUUGGUCAGCUACGUUUUAUACUCCGAGCUAUGGCGUUGUUCAGUUUCGAUUUUGUUUUGGGAGAGACCGUCUUUUUCUCGGGUCUCUAUAUCUUAUGAAUAUGGCCUUGUAAUAGCUGCUCUUGUCAUUCCUGUCUGUGUUGCUACCUUACGAAUUUCUUUGCCGGUCCAGCCCUUCCUGUCUCUGUUACUUGUGCUGGACCGGCAAAUCAGCAUUGCUUUUACCUGUUUGGAUCUGGACUCAUAGCCUUUUUGUUAUCGUUGCUUCUGUCUAGUAUUUGCUUGCAUCGAAAUAUAGAGCAUCAUUGGAUUAACUUGAACUAAAUUGAACUGAUUCAUAAAAACUCCAUCAUCACUCCAUCCUUCCCCGCUCUGAAUACAACAGACACCGGAACUCCUUGACCAGACCAAAGGAGAUAUCCAACCUAGUCCCUUUAGAAGACUCCAACUCCAUUACUGAAAUCACUACUCAGUAAGGAUCACGCCCUCGCCCGCCCACUGAUCCCCACCCCCCUUGACAACCUCCCGAUAGAUCCACUCCCCAAUCAAAGCCCUUCGAACGGUAUAACCAAUCUCGGGCUUCUUCUCCGUUCCAACCCUCAACUUCCCAUAUCCCGAAUCCGCACCGGGCUCAGCAAUCUUAUGAUCCCCUCCAAGAAGACUCGGCCGAACAAUCACCAACCCCCCACGCAACAAACUCUCCCUCCUCUCCACCUCCGCCUCCAACAAUCUCUCCAUCUUCACCUUAUCCCGAUGCGGCACAUCCAACGCCGCAUACAACGGCUUCAAAAGCAGCGGCACAUCUUUAACUCCCUUCUUAAUCCCAGCACCAGAAAUAAUAGUCACCCGUGGCGCGACGGCCCCGUACUGCGCGAAAGACGUGAAUCGCUCAUCUGCAAUACGUCGCAGCGCCCCGAGCAGUGCGGUCGUGCUUUCCUCUGUGAUAUGCGGGUUCGGAAUCCCAAUGUGCGGGAUUGUAGGGACUCGCAUCGGGAUCUGGGCGCAGGGGGAUGGCUUGGUCAUGAUUAGUUCGCCGGUACCACCUAUGCCGGAGACGACUUGGGAGACGAGGGUGGUGGUGUGUUCGGUUGAGGAGACGAUGAGGGUUUUCAUGACGGUUUCGAUGUCCCGGGCAUCGCCUUGGACGAUGCGGAGGUGCGUGUCCAGGGUUUGCUGGGUUAGGCCCGGUUGCGUGAGGAGUUGAGUGGUGAGCUUUUCGGGGGUGCGAGCGAGAGCGAUGGCGUUGUAGCCGCUGCGAAGGGAGUAGGCUAGACAGGCAUUUGCACAGCCGCCGGUAGCCCCGAGGAAGGCGAUCGUUGUAGACAUUUUUUUUCUGUGGAUAGGGUGGUGAAAUUGAGGUGGUGUGCUGUAGUUGAAGUGUAGCACGUAUAAAUGUAGAUUGCCCGAAUGGAAUAUUGUAGGAUAGAAGGGAAAUGGAUAGGUAUCUGUAAUGAAGAAAUAAAACCGAUCGCGGUCAAGACAUCGAACCUUUUAUAUCUCCCCUGCCUUCCAUUCAACAUCGUCCUGCUUCAUAGCUGUGUCGGCCAAAUAAUGGCUCCUAUCACCAUCAAAAUUCAUCCAUCCCCGAGGCCAAUCCGAACAAUCGAAUCCUGAGACUCGGUGUUGGGGCCCCACUUGGGAGGCACAUCUUGGUAAGGCUGAUAUACGCUUUGGGAAGAUUCUGCGCCGCCUGCAUGGCCCCCAUAUCGCGUCUAUGUAUAAAGUGUCUCCGAUUCGUGGCUGUGAC